AUGAGGGAAUUCAAGGGGAACACUUGCUUACAACGUGGGCUCAAAAAAAAAAUUCAAGGCAAAGUUGAAGGUUCUCAUUCGUGGGUGGUUGCUGGAAUUGCUCAGGACAGUUUUGACGUUGAUGACGGUGGAAAGAGAGGCUUAGUUGACUUCUCUAAUGGAACAUGCAGUUGUCGGGUUUGGCAAGUAUCUGGGUUACCUUGCGGGCACGUUAUUGCGGUAUCUAGAUUUUUAGGUGAACCAGAUUGUGCUCAUUAUGCGAUGUCAUGUUACACUAAUGAAGUUUAUAAAUCCACAUAUGAGGAGCAUAUAAAUCCAGUCCCUGAUAAAUCAGAGUGGGAAGUACCCGAUGGACUGGUGAAUCUGCAACCACCGCUUAUUACAAAACGACAAGCCGGACGUCCGAAAGAAAACAAACGAAUCCUAUCGCUAGGAGAGGACCCCACUCUCAUAUACUGCGGCAUAUUGCAUGUUUCGUUCCUGCCAGUUUGGAAGUACACUGUUUUGCACAAGAUUUUGCAGUAA